ACUACUGACACAGUAGAUGCCAGUAAGGAAUCGAAAGUGCAACAACGUGCCUGUGAUUGGGCGCUCGUGCCCUGAUAACGUUACCGUGUAGUUACAACACCAACAACAUGGUGCGGGGUGUUUUGGCAGUGACUUACACAGCACCUCCCGGUGCAGAAUAGGCACACAGCAUGAAAAUCUAAGUUCCAGGUCUGGAUUUAUUUCCGUCAUUUUAUCCUGCAUAUGUAUCUUUGUUUUAAAAAAACACAGAGAACGUCAAAACGCGAAAGUUUUAGGAGUACUAUGAGCGCGAGGUCCUCAGACGGUGUCUGACCCGAUGGCACAAAAAACGGCCGAAAGCAUCCAGUGCACGGACAGGCUGGGCUCCUCGACUGUUAACCACGUAAUAAUAGAGUUCGUGAUGUACUGCGGGAGAGCGGUGUUCAUCUGCUACCCUGUGUAUCUGUUAGGCUAUCUGGGCAUCAACAUCAGCUGGGUGUUGCUGUGCGUGUUUAUGCUCACCUACUGGAAGAAAAAUCGCCAAUGGAAAGUCGCCCGGAUCACAUCAGCCAUCGAGUUAGUGGACAAUGAAAAACGCGCGAUCAAAACCGAGCUGAGAAGUGCCUUACCGAUGGCAUCCUGGGUGCAAUUCUCUGAUGUAGAGAAGGUUCACUGGCUUAACAAGGUGUUGAAGCAGGCGUGGCCUUUUUUUGGGACGUACAUGGAGAAGCUACUUAGAGAAAACAUCCAGCAGUCCAUCAGGUUCUCCAGUCCUUCACUGAAAACUUUUACUUUUACCAAAAUCCACUUUGGGCGCAUUCCUCUCAAGAUCACUGGAAUAAGAGCAUACACACAUGAAGUGGAACAUAAGGAAGUGAUUCUGGACAUGAACAUAAGUUAUGACGGUGAUGUGGACAUUCGUGCUGACGUGAACUCAGCAAUGACAGCUGGUGUGAAAGGCGUUAAACUCCAGGGGAUGAUGAGAGUUAUUUUAGAGCCUCUUAUUGGUCAAACACCGCUGGUGGGAGGAGUCACUUUUUUCUUCAUUCGCCGCCCUGUAAGUGGCCACAGAUUUUCUCAGCGUGGAGUUGUAAGAAGUGUAGCUGUGUGUUUAAUAUUGUCUAAAGCUCUCUUUUUUCAGACAUUAAAAAUAAACUGGACUGGCAUGACAAACCUUUUGAGCAGCCCUGCCUUUAGUUCACUGUCAGACGAGACCAUCAUGAACAUCAUUGCUUCUUUUAUAGUGUUGCCCAACCGCAUGUGUAUUCCCCUCAUAGACCAGGUCAAAAUGGACCAAAUGAGGUUUCCACUUCCUCGUGGGGUGGUGAGGGUCCACUUGCUGGAAGCCAGGGACCUGCUGGCUAUGGACACAUACGUGAUGGGUUUAGUAAAAGGCAAAUCAGACCCCUAUGCCACACUCAGAGUGGGUAACAUACACUUCAAAAGCAAGACCGUGAAAAAGAAUCUACAUCCAAGAUGGAAUGAAGUGUAUGAGUUUGUUGUCCAUGAGGCCCCAGGCCAAGAGCUAGAAGUGGGGCUGUAUGAUGAAGAUGUAGAUAAAGAUGAUUUCCUUGGAAGCUAUAACCUCGAUUUGGGAGAAGUGAAGAGCAAGAAACAAAUGGAUCAGUGGUUUCCUUUGGAGGAUGUACCACACGGUGAAGUUCAUCUUAAACUCCAGUGGUUUUCCCUUCAGACUGACACCAGCCUUCUGCAGGAGUCCAACAACGACUUUGCCUGUGCCAUACUUGCGGUUUAUCUGGACAAUGCCACAGAUCUACCUAACUCAGACCACCAGAGGUUCAGGAAGAACUCAAAAGAAGCGCAGAUCACAAAGAGAGCAGCCUUUCCCAACAGCUUUGUUGAAUUUUCCAUUGACAGCGAUGUUCAGAAAAGCAAGGUUGUGUAUGCUUCCAAAGACCCGGUUUGGGAGGAGGGCUUCACCUUCUUUGUGCGUGACGUCAACGUGCAGCAGCUCUUUGUUCAGGUGAAAGAGCCUGAGAAGAAGAAUCCACUCGGUAUUCUCAACUUGCCCCUUAGUCGCCUCCUCAACACCUCGGACCUGACUCUAGACGAGUACUUCCUGCUAGAGCACUCUGGAGCAAACAGCCAGAUCAAACUGAAGGCCACGCUCAGGAUUCUUAAUUUGGAAGAGCUUCCACCCAAGACUUUCAUCAAUCCUUCUUCAGAAGUCAAACAGCAACAGGCCAGAAAAGCAGGGAAUACCUCAGUCUCCAGUCCCUCCGAUGCUCCAUCCUCCUCUCACACAGUUUCCUCCAACAAUACCCCUGGUCCCUCGACUCCGAACCAAGAGACAGCUUCACCAAAUCAAGGUUAUUUAGCUCAAGGCCGUGGCUCCUUCCAGGCAUCUAAGAAAAGGAAAUCAUCUGCGAAUGUGCGCCGGUUCACCUCUCACAGCCUGCGGUCACAGAACUCCAUCACUUCAUCCAGUUUUGACCCCUCAGAUGAAUUCUUAUUUCCAGAUGCCAUUAGGAAUCAUCGGGGUUCAUUUGGAGAGAUUGAGCUAAAUGUACGCUAUGUAACCCUGAAACAUAAGCUUAUAGUCUUUAUUAUCAGAUGCAGGAACUUAUUGCCCUGCAGUGAGAACAGCACAGACUCUUAUGUCCGCCUGUAUCUCCUCCCCGACCAAACCUGGAAGCAUCGUAAGAAGACGCAUGUCAAGAAGAGGAUGAUCAAUCCUGUCUUCAAUGAAAAGUUUGAGUUUGAUGUGUUACUUCAAGAAGCACAAAGUAGGAAGUUGGAUGUGUCUGUGAAAAACAACAGCAUUUUGGUCUCUCGAGAGAGAAAGGACAUAGGCUCGGUAAUAAUAGAUUUAUCAGAAAUGGAUCUAGUCAAAGGCAUCACAGCGUGGUAUGAUCUCACUCUGCCUGAGAUGAGGAACUCCAUGUAGGAAGUGGAACAGAAAGAUACUUCUGUGUGCUGCAAAAGUCAGCCUGGCUUCCAGACAGUCCUAUACUGAAGAUCUUACUUGGAACAGAAUAAACCUGAGAGCAUUCUGGUUCUCUUGUUUCCACGUGUUUUCUGGAUAAUAUAACAAAAACCAGUGGUUGUUAAUAAUAUAAUUUCUAGCCAUUAGAAAAUAUUCGUUUCUCUACAGAAACAAGGCAAUGUCUGUAUUCUGAAUGUUUUAUCUGAGCCAAAGCUACCUUUGUAAUUUUGUGUAAAUAGUUCUUACAGUUUUUAUGCAAUAUACUGGGGGGGGGGGGGUGUAAAUAAAUAAAAGAAAUGCGUAGAUGAGUCAAUACAGGGCACAGAAUGUUUACACACUUUGAUAAACACUGAAACGCACAAACUCAUACUUACAUGUACGGUAUGCAUUUUAAACCUAAAGACCUCAGACCAGCUACAUUAAUCUAUUUUAAAAACUCACUCACAGCCUUUAUGAAUAGCUUCAGUUGUCAGCUGAAUAGUUCAUAGCUCAGUUGGUAUUUGGUAAAUUGGUUUCAACAGGCAUCAGAAUAUCAGAGUGACUCUAUUAUUAGAGUGUCAAACAUUGAUGGUGGGAUGGUAAAGACUUUGUCUUGACUAGUAGUUUAAUGUUUUUUAUUAAUUAUUGAGCACAGAACCAGUUUCAGGUUGUUGUUUUUGAGUUGAUGUUUAAACUGACUUUUAUUUUUUACUAAUAUUUAUGGCAAAUAAAUAUCCUCCAAUAAA